AAAACCAACUAUUUCCUAAACCUCUUCAUCCAUAAACAACAUUUUCUACUCUGAGUCACUGUAAUCUUCUUUGGAUAAACUAAUAUAUAUGUAUACGUAUGCUCUUACGUUACGUCUCCAACAAAGAACAAUUGACUGGUAUAGCAUCAAAGUUUUUAUAUAUAGCAGUACUUCAAUAAGAAACUUAAGCCUGCUUAAUUCAUUUCAUAGAACAUUAUUGUUGUUCAUCCCUUCCUCUUAAUUUCCAUGGCUUCUCAUCAGGACCACCAGCUUCACUUUGUGUUCUUUCCUCUAAUGGCUUCCGGCCACAUGAUCCCAUUAAUGGACAUUGCUAGAUUGUUUGCACAACAAGGCAUCGUUGUCACCAUAUUCACCACACCCCACAAUGCAGCCCGAUUUCAAGCAGUUCUUACUCGAGACAUAGAAUCUGGGCUCCAAAUCCGCGUAAUCCAAGUGAAAUUUCCAGCUGAAGAAGCAGGAUUGCCCGAAGGCUGCGAAAACUUUGACAUGCUACCUUCACCAGAAUUGGUCUUCAAUUUCUUUGCUGCGACUGCCUUGCUUCACAAGCCAGUAGAGAAAUUAUUUGAAGAGCUCACUCCAAAGCCAAAUUGCAUAAUCUCAGACGUGACUUUUCCAUGGACAUAUAGCAUUGCUAGCAAGCAUCACAUUCCAAGGAUAUCUUUUGGUGGAACAGGCUGCUUCAGCUUCUUGUGCGCUCACAAUUUGCGCGUAUCCAACGUGCUUGAGAGUGUAACGUCUGAUUCGGAGUACCUUGUUCUUCCCGACCUGCCUGAUCGAAUUGAGAUGACAAAAGCUCAGCUUCCAGACGGGACAGUGACAGCAAAACUGAAAGAUAUUGGUGACGAAAUGGCAGCAGCUGACACGGAGACAUAUGGGAUGAUCAUGAAUACUUUUGAGGAAUUGGAGCCAGCAUAUGUUAAAGAAUACAAAAAGGUAAAGAAGGAUAAACUCUGGUGCAUUGGCCCUGCUUCCCUACGCAAC